GUCUUGAGACACCUUUUAAUUGUCCCCUUGCAAAAAACCGAUAAACCCCAAAAUAAUAAUCAUUAUAGCGAUAAUCAAUUAUCAAAAGAACAGUGUUGAAAGAUUGAUACCGGGAGGGGUGGGGUGCAAAAGGUCGAGCGGACGCUCGGCGCGACGAGGGUGUGUCGUCCUCGCUCCAGAGCACCAGAACGUCAAGAGGUGAUUCAGUGUGAUUCGAGGGUCAGGGACUUGAAAGUUCAUGGUGAUUCAUUUUUUUUAAUGAGACCAGUCGCUGAACUUUCCACACCUCCGCAAAACUUCACAUGACAAAUGUACUGGCGAGAACUUGAAACAUCACAAUGUCCUUUCAAUGGACAAUAAUGUGAGUUUUGAUUGAAUAUUUUUGGAGAACUCGUUUGAGAUGUAUCAAAAAGUACUGAUACGAAGUUGGAUGGAUCGUGCGGUUAUUAUUUAAUUUUGAUAGAAAUGUUGCAUGAGGAUCGAUCGAGGUAAUCGAUCAUCUGGGUCGAUAACCCGGUGUAGGAGUCGAUCACGGGAUUAACGGCUUCUAGCUAGUCCCUACGGUAAUAUUGAAUCCACAUGACAAUAGGGGAAUCAGGAUAUCCCCUCAAUGAAGACGUGCCAUCAUACUUCUGGAAAGUCAAGGAACCGUUGAAUUGAAAUUUGAAUGGAGAUCGUGGUGAUACGAUUGAAAAAUAAGGGACAAUAAAAAUAAGAAUAAAGAGAACACUGGAAUGAGUUGAAGGAGGUGAAAUAAACAGAUGCAGGAAUCCUGUACUGGCGCCACAUCGACCCAUAGAAAGGAGAGAGAAAACGACCUGGAGGAGAACGACCUGGGGACCUGGUGGAUAAAAUGAGAGAAAAAUAAAUGGAAAACGAAAUAACACGAGGGAGAGGAAGUUUGUGGAACAAGCGGUCGUACACUGCACUUCGAUGAAUUUUAACCGCUGAGUGGAUUUAUUUUUGAACCACAGGACUGGGCUGAGUUCUUAGUUUAAUUUCACAACUGUUAUUAUACCGUCAGUGGAACGGGAUCUUGUUAUCGAGAUCACAACGAAUUGCGGUGUUUUCAUCGAGUUUGAACAUUGGAGUACAGUUUGAGCUAUUGAUUUCGCGAUUAUGCUUUGCGGUUCAUUUAGAAGAAAGAAGAGGAACCCUGGGGAUGAGUAUCGAUUGGUCAGAUCCAAUGCACCCAGGAUCUUGCCGGGGAGAUUUUCUGCGCAGAAUCCUGCGAAGAGAAAGGAAAUUGGAGGAAAACAUGGCGCCAAUGGAGUUUUUAAUACGGGCUUGGACAAUGUGAGCUCAGCAACCCUUCGGCCCUUCAACUCUGACAUAAAUACACCCAGAAUUGACAGCUAUCGAUUCUCAAUGGCGAACCUCGAAGAUUCGCAGGAUGUCGAUCUGGAUGCAAUUCUUGGGGAAUUGUGCGCACUUGAGAGGCGUUGCGACGGAGACAUUGCCUCAACACCGGCGCCAGACGUUCAGCGACCUGGAAGACCCAACAGUGGAAGAAUCAACGCAGGGGACAAUACAGACAUUGGGAAAAAUGAUGGUGGAAUGCGAACCGACAGUCCUGACAAUGACAGCGCCUUUUCUGACACUGUCUCGAUGCUAUCAAGUGAGAGUUCUGCAAGUAGCAGUGGAUCAGGACACAAGCCACCUCAGGCCGCCAUGCACACGGCCCCUCAGCAGCAGACACAUCAACUCAUGGAUGCUGCAGGUAGAGCUAAGGCUGAGAAAAUUCGUCUUGCUUUGGAGAAGAUGCGGGAGGCAAGCGUUCAAAAGCUCUUCAUUAAGGCAUUCACGUUGGAUGGAAGUGGCAAGAGUUUGUUGGUUGACGAGGGCAUGAGUGUUGCACACGUCUGCCGAUUGUUGGCCGACAAAAAUCAUGUUGCUAUGGAUCCAAAGUGGGCUGUUGUUGAAAACUUACCAGAGCUUUUCAUGGAGAGAGUGUACGAGGACCACGAGCUUUUAGUAGAAAACCUGCUGUUGUGGACCAGAGACUCAAAGAAUAAACUUCUAUUUGUCGAGCGUCCAGACAGAACUCAACUUUUCCUCUCCCCGGAAAAAUAUCUUCUUGGUCAAUCUGAUAGAAACACAGGGGAGUACGACGAUCACUCUAGGAACAUAUUACUCGAGGAAUUUUUUUCCAGCAGUAAUGUUGGAGUACCCGAGGUUGAAGGCCCACUGUACCUAAAAUCAGACGGGAAAAAGGGCUGGAAGAAGUAUCACUUCAUCCUACGUGCAUCCGGUCUGUACUACUGGCCAAAGGAGAAAGCAAAAACAGCUCGCGACCUCGUUUGCCUCGCCACCUUUGACGUCAACCAGGUGUACUACGGUGUAGGUUGGAAGAAAAAAUACAAAGCCCCCUCAGACUUUUGUUUCGCUGUGAAACACCCGCGCCUCCAACAGCCCAAAUCCACAAAAUACAUUAAAUUUCUCUGCGCGGAAGACUCUGCUUCCCUGGACCGAUGGAUGGUGGGCAUUCGUGUAGCUAAAUAUGGUAGACAGAUAAUGGAAAAUUACCGAACCCUCGUGGAUGAAUUAGCACAAGAAGAUUUGGAUCUCCUAGCUCACGCAAGAUCAUGCUCCGUAAGUUCUAUCGCUGUUCCCCCGAGUCAGACCCAGUACAACACAACCACAGAAAAUGCCAGACAAUUUACGGAAAUGCGACAUAAUGGAACUGAAAAUGGAAGACAGUAUGACAAUCAGAGGCAGAGCUAUAAUCCGGAACAACGCCAGAGUUACACCAACGAUGGAAGAUUGAGUCGAGCAAGUUCUUCGAGCUCCAGUGGUUGUCUAUCAGACGGUGCACCAAGCAGUUGUGAAGUGGCUUUUGAGUGCGGGGAAUUUCCCACGGGCACAAUCAAGCGAAAACCCUCGAUGAAUCCCAAAUUACCCCUGACAUCCAUCACAAGACAAUUAAAAGAGGUCGGGGAGACAGUUCGCGAUGAACCUGAUAGCUGUCCCAGUCCCACAUCUUCAGGAUCCGGUACUCUGACGAGAAGACACAGUCGAAGAAGAAGUGGAACUGACUCCGAUGGCUCAGGAACUCUCAAAAGACAUCACAGGUCUGGUAAUGGGACUCCAGUGAGUCCAGUACCACCAGGAACUCCAGUGAGAGAGCGAAUAAGCCCAAUGGGAUACACCAGGAGUGAAUCAGAUCCAAAAACACCCACCAGUCCAAUUGCCACCUGCAUGAUGGAUUCUAUUGUCUCAUUGCCCCCACCUCUCUCCCCAUCACGAGUCGUUGAAGAGAUAGAGUCCGAUGAUGAACCUCUUCCUCCUCCACCUCCUGAGAUGUUCAGGUCGAAUUUAUCCCUAGACUCGCUUCCACCACCUCCAGCUCCAGGGGAAAUUCCAAUAUGCGAAAAUUCCGAAUUGUCCGGAUCAUCCCUCUCCCUGGUGUCACUGCCUCCUCCCCCAAGUCCCCUGGUGGGCGAGACUGGAACAAUAAGACGUGCUAGGCCUAAACAAUCAACACCAACAAGUUCAAUGUCCCCCGAGGGCACUCCGACUCACACACCAACUCGUAAUAAUCUAGUAUGCACCACUCAAAAUGGUAAUUCCGUGAAUAAUGGAUACUCAUCACCUCACAAUUCUUAUCCUGGUUCUAAUGCAAGUACACCAACAUUUUCACCAAGCACACCAAACUUUAUAUCGCCACCACCAUUCGUACCACCGCCAGCCUAUGGAGCUCAGGCUCAUAGUCUCCAAAGACAAAAUUCCAAGAACGAGCCGAAUUAUGGGACAUACCCAGCUGGUCAAAAUCAGACGAUUAGGCCCAAUCCUAAUAUGGAUACAGUGAGGAGGAGUGCGUUGAAGCAGAAUUCCAGCCAUUAUGCAUCACCUCCUUAUUUGGCAGAGCUGAAGGCAUCAUCGAGUCCACAGCCCCAGCGCCGAGUAACAAUCCAGGAGCCCCCGACGUCCCCAAAAACGAAGACAGGAACUGGGAAAAAGAUCUCGUUUAAUCUGCCACCUCAGCAGGAGCCUGGCAGUCCAGCACUUCCUCAGAGAAAACCGAUGCCAAUGCCUCCAGCGAGGGCUGACAGCACAAGGCUGACUUCACCGAAAAAACUCGCAGCCUCUGAUCAAGCACCACCUGGCGAUUUUCUCAAGGAUCUCCAAAGAGUUAUGAGAAAAAAGUGGCAAGUGGCCCAAAAGUGCAAAUUAGACUCAACCACAACUCCACACGAAGUUCUCGGAUUCAGGGAUCCACCACCUGCCAUUGCUGAUUACAGGGAGACUAAUGUAUCUAAUUGGGUGCAGGAACAUUACGGCGCGGAUAAUCUGUAUGAAAAUGUUUACAUGAAUGAUCCAAAUGCACCAGUUGAAUACGCAUCGAGUCCAACGAGACAGUCGUCUGUCAGAUUUACUGAUGAGAAUCGCAGUAUGAAUAUUGCUAAUGUCAUAGCGUGUAAACGAAGACCACCACCUCCACCUCCAAAAAGAGCGGAAACAACUCAUUUGACUACACGUGCGAUGCACUGACAAUAGCAGAUAAUUCAGCCUCACAGUGAGAGGCGAUGGUACUCGUGCUUCUGCGGCUGGUGGAAACAGUGACCAGAGUCUAUAUGGUUAUUAUGAAUUCUCUCUUCGCUUCUCGAGGAUUUUCAAUGGGAUUUUGUCUCGAAUGCUGGCUGAAUUUUCAAUAACGCUCGCAGUUUGCUAGUACUGAAUUUAAUAGACAAGUCCAAGUGAAGUUGUUUUGUUGAUGCAGGGGAAUGAGACACUGCCGCACAUUAUGAUGUGAUAUAAAAGAAAAUAAAACAGCUUGGCUAAUGCCAGAUUAUAGAAUUAAUAAUUUGGUUGAGUCAAUUGGAUUUUUACCACGAAUACAUAGGAUUCGUUUGUCGUGGCAAAAUAAUCAUUAUUAUUUCGAGAGAAGAUUACUUCGUAUUAUUGGAUAUACCCUCGUAUAUUUAGGUGAAGACAAACAAUGUAAUCGAAUUUAUAACGCGAAAAAAUGAGUAUAAUUAUGGUAAAACUAUCGGGCCUGCUACUUUCUCAUAUUUUUAAUGCAUUAAAAAUUUCAUAGGUUCUGUUCUAUCUUCUAUUCGUAAUCAAGGUGCUUUAUAUACAAAACAUUUACACUGAACAAUUUGAAUGAUAAAAAUCAAUUUUUGAAAUAUAUGAAAUUUGCAUGUAUAUGUAUAUUGAAUUUUAAUGAAUAUAUACAUAUAUAUGUUGAACAUUUAUUCAUAUGAAUAAUAGUACAUGUAUAGGUAUAUCAAUGAAAUCGAGUAACCCAUGGCUCGUCAUAAAUGCGAUUAUUAUACGUAAUAGGUGGAACCUCAAUGUGUGAUCUAAUAGAUUUUUUUUUAAUUUCAUGUCUUAUUUCAUUUUCUUUGUACUUCGAAUUUUGGACACAUUUUUUCAUAACUGAGAUCUCGUUAAUGCCAUUUUUUGAUAAUCAUAUACACUAAUACAGUGUGAAUUGUAAGUGCGUAAAGCCAAUAAGAAAAACUGUUUCAUUGGGAAUCCCUAUAGGUACUUAGGGAAUUUUUUAGAUAUACAUCAUAUACACGACAUUAUUGCUGUUAAGCUACGAGUGUAAAAUGGCCGAAUGAAUUUAAUUUUUUAAUUUUCAAACUUUUAAAAUUGAAGAACAUACCUGAAUAUAUUUUUGGCCAAAAAGUAUACCUUGGAGUUUUCCGAAAAUACUCGUAGGUGCUUUUUUUUUAAACGAAUAACAAACUUUCGAAAAAGGUUAGGUUUUUAGAUGAUGUAUUUCGGUAAUGAACAAAAAACAUCUCCACAAAUAAAACGAGCUACAAGUCAAAUCUUGCAUAUGAAAUCAUAUCUCAGAACAGGAAGAAAGGUAAAGAUAUUGGAAAAUAAAUUAACGUACGAUAAUCAAAGAACCAAUGAAUUUUUGAGCCUUAUUGUCAAGUAUUAAUACGCAUUUGCAGAACAAUGGGAUUUUUAUUAUCCUGCAAAAAUUGAGAAUGACAACUUGCAUUUAAUGAUGUACUCAAACAUAACAGAAAUAUAUUGAGCUCACUUUUAUUUGUAAACAUUGCGCCUAUCGAACGAGGUUUUUCAAUGGAGUAGAUAGCUUUUCAAUUAGGUAACUCUCGUCAUUAAUUCCUGAGAGUAAUCAGAAAGCCACGGUUGGACUUAAUAUUUAAUUGUCACUCUUUAGUACAAUCGGUAAUGAUUACGAUAAUUAAGUAUACAUGCUGAUUAUGAAAUUAUCAAACAAAUUACUGGAAAUAUGUAUUCGUGAUUUUCAAUUGAACUGCGAGUUGUAGUAAAAUUCUCGAUGAAAAUGAUUGGAAUAAAAUUCGAAUCGAUACUAAUGGAAUUUUAGUAAAAAUUUAACUGCAAAUUUCAUUUCCAUCAGGCGGAACGAAACAAAAUUAGUGCAAUUGGCAGUCGCGGUUUUAAUCUGAUUGUAACUGAAUAGUAAAAAAACAUAUUUUUAUUAAUUAUAUUCUAUCUCUAAAGCAAUAAUCUUUUAAGUUGUAUGUAUGUUUAUGUAAAUAUUGUAACGAAUGGUACUACAAAGAAAAUUAAUAUGAAGAUAUUCGAGCGAUUAAUAUAAACAUUAUUUAUGGAUAUUAAAAAAAAGGAAAAACACAAGAAGCGAUGAAUUUAUUUCGGAAGGAAAUAUAUGAUCCGUCAGCAGUUGAAGAGUGGAAAUGCCAACCGUGAAUUGAAUGGACUUCUCGAGUGUAAAACUUGAUAUAUUCCUUUUGCUUUCAUUUUAAUUCCCGCGCUGACUCUGCGAUUUCAAUCUAUCAUCAAUUUUCAUCCGAUUACUUUGGUAGAUUUUUAGUAGAUUCGUGAGAGUUUAUUAUCCAGGUUAAUCAAUUGCUAUUCGAAUUUAUAAUCGUGACAAUACUUCUUAUGAUUUCUCAACUUCUUAUUGGUUCUGUUAAUUUUUCUGGGCCAACGUUGUUCGGGUACAUCUGAUGAUAAAAUGCGCAGCAAUUGAAAUAGGUAUUAUAUUCAUGUUUUUAUGUAAAUAAAUUUUUGGUAUAUUUCAA